GCCGGGCUCGGGCGGAGAGAGGAGCUGCUACGCCACAGCCCAGCGGCGGCCAUUCGCGGAAAAAGAGGCAGAGCCUGUGCCAGCUACAGCCUCCUCCGAGCCACCGCGGGCGGGCGGGACCGGCCUCUCCUCCCGCCUCGCCCCCACCCCCACCCACCUCUAUCCCUGUGUCUCCGUCUGAGGGUUUGUCCUGUUAAUGCGGGAUGAGCGAUCAGAAGAAGGAGGAGGAGGAGGAGGCGGCGGCGGCAGCAGCAGCAGCGGCGAUGGCUACAGAAGGAGGGAAAACCUCUGAGCCAGAGAAUAACAAUAAAAAACCCAAAACCUCAGGCUCCCAGGACUCUCAGCCCUCUCCUCUGGCUUUACUGGCAGCUACUUGCAGCAAAAUAGGGACUCCUGGUGAAAAUCAAGCAACUGGACAACAACAAAUUAUUAUAGAUCCAAGCCAAGGAUUGGUGCAACUUCAAAAUCAACCACAACAGCUAGAACUGGUAACAACACAACUUGCUGGAAACACUUGGCAACUUGUUGCCUCCACUCCUCCUGCUUCAAAAGAAAAUAACGUUUCUCAACCAGCUUCUAGUUCAUCUAGUUCUUCCAGCAGUAAUAACGGGAGUGCAUCUCCUACAAAAACGAAAUCAGGUAAUUCUUCCGCCCCUGGUCAAUUUCAAGUCAUACAAGUACAAAAUCCGAGUGGUAGUGUCCAGUACCAAGUGAUUCCACAACUUCAGACAGUGGAAGGCCAGCAGAUUCAAAUCAAUCCAGCUAGUAGUUCAUCUCUACAGGAUUUGCAGGGUCAAAUCCAGCUCAUUUCUGCAGGUAAUAAUCAAGCUAUACUCACAGCUGCUAACAGGACAGCUUCUGGGAAUAUUCUUGCUCAAAACCUGGCAAAUCAGACCGUUCCAGUCCAAAUUAGACCUGGUGUUUCAAUACCACUGCAAUUACAGACCCUUCCUGGUACUCAGGCUCAAGUUGUAACAACCCUACCAAUUAACAUUGGAGGAGUGACUUUAGCUUUGCCAGUGAUAAACAACGUGACUGCUGGAGGAGGGACUGGACAGGUUGGCCAGCCUGCUACUACUACUGAUAGUGGGACUUCCAACGGGAGUCAGUUAGUUUCCACACCCACCACUACCACCGCUUCUGCCAGUACUAUGCCGGAAUCUCCCUCCUCCUCCACUACCUGCACAACCACUGCUUCGACAUCUCUGACAAGCAGUGACACGUUAGUGAGCUCAGCAGACACGGGCCAGUAUGCAAGCACAUCAGCCAGUAGUUCUGAACGCACUAUUGAAGAAUCUCAAACACCUGCUGCUACUGAGUCUGAAGCGCAGAGCUCCAGUCAGCUUCAGUCUAAUGGAAUACAGAACACACAGGAUCAAUCAAAUUCUCUUCAGCAGGUGCAGAUUGUAGGCCAGCCUAUCUUACAGCAGAUCCAGAUCCAACAGCCUCAGCAACAGAUUAUUCAGGCUAUUCCGCCGCAGUCAUUUCAACUUCAGUCAGGGCAGACAAUUCAGACCAUCCAGCAGCAGCCUUUGCAGAAUGUUCAACUUCAAGCAGUAAAUCCGACUCAGGUGCUUAUCAGGGCUCCAACUUUAACACCUUCAGGGCAAAUCAGUUGGCAAACUGUACAGGUUCAGAAUAUUCAGAGUCUUUCAAAUUUGCAAGUUCAGAAUGCUGGGUUAUCCCAACAAUUAACCAUCACCCCAGUGUCUUCAAGUGGUGGCACAACCCUUGCUCAAAUUGCUCCUGUGGCUGUUGCUGGUGCCCCAAUAACUUUGAAUACUGCCCAGCUUGCAUCAGUGCCUAACCUUCAGACAGUGAGUGUUGCCAACCUGGGUGCUGCAGGUGUUCAAGUUCAAGGAGUUCCGGUUACAAUCACUAGUGUUGCAGGUCAGCAGCAAGGACAAGAUGGAGUAAAGGUCCAACAAGCCACGAUAGCUCCUGUAACUGUAGCAGUUGGAGGAAUUGCUAACGCAACGAUAGGUGCUGUUAGUCCUGACCAACUCACACAAGUGCAUUUGCAGCAAGGCCAGCAAGCUUCUGAUCAAGAGGUGCAGCCUGGCAAGAGGCUUCGAAGAGUUGCCUGUUCCUGUCCUAAUUGUAGGGAAGGAGAAGGAAGAGGCAGUAAUGAACCAGGAAAAAAGAAACAGCAUAUCUGUCAUAUUGAAGGAUGUGGAAAAGUUUAUGGCAAAACAUCUCACCUACGAGCACAUCUUCGCUGGCAUACUGGAGAAAGACCUUUUGUAUGCAACUGGAUGUUUUGUGGCAAAAGAUUCACAAGGAGUGAUGAACUCCAGAGACAUAGAAGAACCCAUACAGGUGAAAAGAGGUUUGAAUGCCCGGAAUGUUCUAAAAGGUUUAUGCGGAGUGAUCAUCUCUCCAAACAUGUCAAAACGCACCAGAAUAAGAAAGGUGGUGGGACAGCUCUUGCCAUUGUUACCUCGGGAGAACUGGACUCAUCUGUUACAGAGGUGCUUGGCUCCCCAAGAAUUGUCACAGUUGCAGCCAUUUCUCAAGAUUCAAACCCAGCAACUCCCAAUGUUUCAACCAACAUGGAAGAAUUCUGAAAAGUUAUUUAUAACAGAGACCUCUAGUGCUGCACUUAAGUUUACACACCUUUGAAAAUCUGGAAAUGGGCUGGUCAAGUGGAUUACAGAGUAGGAAAUCAAUCAUGUUUUCAUUCUUGGCUUCUUUAUAUAUUCCAAGAUUUGGGGUCAACAUGUGAAGUGUUGAAUUUUUAGAAAUACAAAAAGCAAACUGAUGUACUGGUAACAGAAAAGUAUUUCCUCCAUACUAUAAGUUGUAGCCAUUUGGAAAUAUAUCACAUAAUCUUUAAACUGAAUUUCCCCCUCUCUUAACAUCAUGUGUUAACAUGUUUAAAAAGACAGACCUCAGUAGUUUGCAGGCUGGACCUUAAGUGGACUUGUUUUCUUUGGAAGUACUUUGUUAUAAAUUCAGUCAGUAAUAAUUUUAUGUAGAUUUUUUUUCUAUAGCACAGAAAACAGUUAACUGAUGAUAGGGAUAAUAUUUUAUUUCCUUAGCUUGUUUUUUGGAAAAUCAACCGAAAAUAGUUUUGGCCGUCUUUUCUAAAUGUUAGAAAUUCUUCAACAGUUGAAUUAGGUAAGUUCCACAAAAGUAAUCUGAGAUGCAUCUCAGAUCUUUAUUACCACUACAUUAUAGUAGUGUGUAUGCAGACAAUCAGUGAAGUCCAAUUACUUUCUCCAUUUGGAGACACAAGAGGAACUUAGAGCUAAACUUUAGGUUAAAUUUUAGAUUGAAACCUUAGGAAAAUACUGGGGUGGGGAGGGUGGUUAAAACAAACUCAUAAUAGUUUCAGGAAAAUAAAAUGAGGCAACCUAACAUAUGUAAGUUUUGAAGUUAGGAUUGAUGAUAUUCCUAACCCUAGGUUGAACCACAAAAUUCAUUUUAAAUGUUUAUAUUGGAAAUAUUUGCCUAGAGUAUAAAUCAUUCUGUAGUUUCAUAUUCUGUAAAUAUGAGUUAUGUUGACAAUGUGCAGAAUUCUUUAUGCUUUGACUUGGUAGCCAAAGAAAGAAUUAUCACACUUUUUUUUUAAGGCCAGCAGAAAAUUAUCUUUUAACUACGUUACAAUUUCCGUUUUCCUCUCUACUAAAAUUUCGCCAACCCCAUUUUAUUUCUAGUACUGUGUUAGAAGGCUGGUUACGAAUUUAUAACAUAGAAAUAUCUUUAUGUUAUGCCAAUAACUGAAUUUUCCCUAAAGAGACAGCCUAACAGAUAUAUAAUGAUGUGAUACUAUGAAGCACGUUAUUUUUUAAAAAUCAGAAUAACUUUCAAAUAAAUGACUAAGGAAAAAAAUUAUAUUUUAUUGUUUAUGCAAGGAUCUUCUAGGAAAGGUGGCCAAAAGUCUCCUGUGAAACAAAUUUGGAUUAUACCAACGGUUUAAGUAUUAGUAAGAUAUUUCUCACUUUAAAAAUGUGUUUACCUGGAAACAUAAUGGAAUUGGAAUUGACCGUUUGAAAACUAAAACUUUUAACUGCCUGGUUUAUUAACAUUAUUAGUUUGGGGACCGUUUGAAUAAAGGUACGUGUUUUCUUGUGCAUUUCUCUAUUAUUUCAGGAAAAGUACUACUCCUGCGAAUUCUCUUCCAGAAUCGUGGUGUUUCUUGUCUUUUCGAUGAAGGAGAAAUACUGUAGCGAUCACUGUUUACACUGUGCACACUUCGGGCCAGCCCUUUGUAGCGCUCUGUAAAGCUGGAGGCCUUUUGUGCUUUCAGUUUGUAUAAAAAAGCUUUGAGAUUAAAGGAAAAAAAAAUUUUUACACUGUGGUUAUAAAUUUCAAGUUUCUUAAAGCUUUUGUAGACUUGUAACAAAGUCUUUAAAUUUUAGUUGGAUUUUGUAAAUUGUUUUGUAUAUUUUAUUUAAUGUACUCUUAACAACUGAUGUAACUGGCUUUAAAACAUCAGAAUCAGUUUGUUGUUUUGUUUGGUACAGAGGAGCAUUUGGUCGUGUGAAUUUUAAUUUUAUUAUAUAGGAGCUGAAACAUCAAAUAUAUAUUUUAUCUAUCAUUAUGCUACACAAUCAGUGCUAUAAAUUUUUUUAUGCAAAGAAACUUUCCUAAUGUUUGAAUCAUGUUUCCUCAAAGUGACACUUUUCGUUGUUGUUAAUACCAAGUAUGAGCUCUCUGCACCGUUAUUCCAUGAACCGGUUUUAAUGCAUACCUGUGUAUGCUCAUCAGAAAUGGAAGUUAUUUUUUAAUCAACAAUGAGGCCUAUUAUAAAUUUAACAAACUGAAUCUGGAUAGCUUUAUAGCAUAUAAAAUACAUUAAUUUGUGUUAGCAGGUGCACAUUUCACCACUGAAAUGAGAACUAUUUUGACAGUCUGUUCUGCAUACCA